AUGGACCAGCGACCAAGGUGGAUUCCAGCCAAGUGGGUCAAGAUUAGCCAUGCCACAAUGCCUAAAAGUGACAGUGUUCAGAAUCGGAACGAUGAUGACAUUCAUGACGGGAAUGAUGUCGAAUCCGUUGUUUCUGAAGCCCCCCAGGGAAAACAUCUGGGUUCAUCAGGUAAUGGAAGAGUUGGCUUUGCCCUGUAUCAGAAAGACAAACUUUUCCAGUCAAGGAUUUAUCAGACUCGCUCUAAUUCCUCUAGACAAAUUAUCUCUGGCAACAUUGAUGGUGGAAGGACCAGCAGCACCGAAAUAGCCUUCAGUCCCAAGGUAAACAUAUUCAAACUGUUGCUGUGUUAUCAUGCCUGUGUCUUUUGGGACUAUAUUGUCAAUGACUGAGGCACUGCAGGCUGCAGAAAAGGAAGAGGCCAGUUCUUGAGAUGCAGGUGUAAUCACAUGAUUAAUUUUGCUGUUCUGAUGGCCUUUCAGAUCAAACAUAAAUAUGCAAAGCCUUUGGAGUAUAUUUCUGGAUUGUCCAUGGCUGAUGUGAACAUUAUCAUUUUGUUUCAAAAAUUCAGUAGGAAAACUUGAAAGUUAUCUGUGAUGUGAAUGUGAGUCUCUUGUUCCUCUAUGCUAAUUUUUAACAUCAUCUUCAUCACUGAAAUUGAAAACCGAAGUGCGAGGAAUCACAGUGACAGUACAACCAGUCACUACCAGCAAUACCUUCCUUAUGAUACCAUCAGUAACACCUUACUCACAUCUGACUUGGUAGAUCCUCCCGCAGACUCCUGGUGUACAGCUGUGGCUGUCCUACUGCACUAUUUUUUGUUGGCGACAUUUAUGUGGUCAGCACUCACUUCUGCACAGCUGUACUUCCUGCUGCUUAGAGCCAUGAAGCCCCUGCCUGAACACUUCCUUAUAACCAUGUCAGUAAUCAGAUGGGGACUUCAGAUCUGUAUUCUCCACACUUUCAGAUCACCAGCCUUCAAAACCAAAGUUUCCAAGGUGUUUCCUUUUAUUUGGGUGCCAAGGGUAUCCCAGUAUCUGCAUUCAAAAACUUACUGCGUUUCAAAAAUACACCCUGAAAAACUACAGGAAACUUUCUGAUCAACACAGACUUUAUCAGAGAAUAUUUCCUUGUCUACUUUCCUUAACUAA